CCGAGUCUCCGCCCCUCAGCGGUAACCAAGGAGAUCACAUUUAUGCUUACUUAGCUGCUAGGCUGGCGCUGGCCAGAAAAAUUAUUUAGUUCUAAAAAUUUCAACGCCGAUAACCUCUGAAAAUGCAGUUGAAGUAUCUGAAGACACUCCUAACACCCCAGGAGGGUCCUGCCAAGGUAUCGUGCAUGGCCUGGUCUCCGAACAACAGCAAGUUCGCUGUUUGCACUGUGGACCGAGUGGUUCUUCUGUUCGAUGAACAGGGAGAGAGGAGGGACAAGUUCUCCACCAAACCCCUGGACCCCAAGUAUGGAAAACAGAGCUACGUGGUCAACGACAUGGCCUUCUCUCCUGAUUCCACAAAAAUCGCCAUCGGCCAGUCAGACAACAUAAUCUUCGUCUACAGAAUCGGGGAGAAUUGGGGUGACAAGAAGGCCAUUUGCAACAAGUUUAUUCAGACGAGUGCCGUGACUUGUCUUCUUUGGCCGUUGGAAAACGCUGUUGUUUACGGACUGGUGGAUGGCAAGGUUCGCCUCGCCAACACACAGACAAAUAAAUCUUCCACCUACUACGGCACCGAGUCCUGCGUCGUCUCCAUGGCAUCCAAUGCCUCUGGGAAAGGCUUCCUGUCGGGCCAUGCUGACGGGACAGUUGUACGAUACUUCUUUGACGAUGAAGGCUCGGGAGAGUCUCAGGGGAAGCUGCUGACACACCCAUGCCCCCCCUACGCUCUAGCCUGGGGAGCCAACAGCAUCAUGGUGGGCGGCUGUGACAAGAAAAUAGUGGCGUACGGCAAAGAGGGUCAGGUCCUGCAGAACUUUGACUACAGCCGAGACCCUUCUGAGAAGGAGUUCACGGUGGCGGUCUCCAGCCCCAGCGGGCAGUCUGUGGUGUUCGGCAGCUUUGACCGAUUGCGAGUGUUUAACUGGGCUCCGAGGAGAGGCACGUGGGACGAAGCUGAACCCAAAGAGAUAUCAAACCUUUAUACCAUCACCAGCUUGGCCUGGAAGAAGGACGGCUCACAACUUUGUGCUGGAACGCUGUGUGGAGGAGUGGAGCUGUUCAACUACUGCCUGAGGAGAACCGUCUACAGGAACAUGUUUGAGAUGACCUACGUGGGCCUGAGUCAGGUGAUUGUGAAGAACCUCUCCACAGGAACGCGCGUGGUUCUGAAGUCCUUCUACGGUUAUGAGAUUGAGGAGGUGAAGAUAAUGGGAAAGGACCGCUACCUGAUGGCUCACACCUCCGACACCCUCCUGCUCGGAGACCUGCUGAUGAAUAAAUUGAGCGAGGUUCCUUGGCCCAGCUCUGGGGGAAACGAGAAGUUCUUUUUUGAAAAUGAAACGGUGUGUUUGAUCUUUAAUGCCGGUGAGUUGACUUUGGUGGAAUACGGUCAAAACGAGAUUCUGGGAUCCGUCAGAACCGAAUUUAUGAAUCCUCACCUCAUCAGUGCACGACUAAAUGAGAGGAAGCAGAGAGGAGUUGAUGACAACAAGAAGCUGGCCUACCUGGUCGACAUGAAGACCAUCGCCAUUGUGGACCUGGCUGGAGGCUACAGCCUGGGAACCGUCAGCCACGACUCUAAGAUUGACUGGCUGGAGCUCAAUGAGACCGGACGCAAACUGCUGUUCAGGGACAAGAAGCUGCAGCUCCAUCUGUACGACAUAAAUUCGGGGGUGAGGACCACUCUGCUGAGUUUCUGCUCCUAUGUCCAGUGGGUUCCCGGCAGCGACGUGGCGGUCGCCCAGAACCGGGGGAACCUCUGUGUCUGGUACAGCAUUGACAGCCCAGAGAGCAUCUCCAUCUUUACCAUCAAGGGAGACAUCGUGGAUCUGGAGCGAGCCGACGGAAGGACAGAGGUAAUGGUGUCUGAGGGCGUGAACACGGUGAAGUACACGUUGGACGAAGGCCUCAUCGAGUUUGGAACCGCCAUCGAUGAUGGAAACUAUGACCGAGCCGUGGCAUUUCUUGAAACUCUGGAGAUGUCAUCGGAGAACGAGGCCAUGUGGAAGAAGCUCAGCAAGUUGGCUCUGGAGGCUGGGCAGCUGCACAUCGCAGAGAGAUGUUUCGCCGCUCUGGGUGACGUCUCCACCGUUCGAUUCCUCCGCCAAACAAACGAAAUUGCGGACAAAGUUUCUCAGGAAACGGGAGAGGACGGGAUGGCGUUUUACAAGGUCCAGGCUCGUGUGGCCCUUCUGGACAAGAACUUUCCACUUGCUGAGAAGCAUUACCUGACACAGAACUGCAUCGAUGAAGCCAUCGAGAUGUACCAGGAGCUCCACAUGUGGGACGACUGCAUCGCCUUGGCUGAAGCUAAAGCCCACCCAGAGCUGAACGGUUUGAGAGGAAAAUACUUCCAGUGGCUGACAGAGACGGGCCAGCAUGACAAGGCUGGCGAGGUGAAGGAGGGCCAGGGGGACUAUCAGGGGGCCAUAAACCUCUAUCUGAAGGCCGGACUUCCCACCAAAGCUGCUCGCCUGGCCAUCAGCCAUCCGGAGAUCGCCAGCAGCGCCGAGACGGUCGACCGCAUCGCCACCAGUCUCAUCGAGAGACUGUUUUAUGAGCGGGCAGGAGAUCUGUACGAGACGACCAAGAACUACCAGAGAGCUCUGGAGUGUCAUCGCAAAGGAGGAGCGUUCAGGAAAGCGGUGGAGCUGGCUCGCAUCGUCUGCCCAGGCGAGCUGAGGAAACUGGAGGAGUCCUGGGGAGACUACCUCGUCCAGCAGAAGCAGAUGGAUGCCGCCAUCAACCACUUCAUUGAAGCACGCUGCACCGAUAAAGCCAUCGAGGCGGCGAUCGCAGCUCGUCAGUGGAAGAUCGCCGUCCAGAUCCUGGACCAACAGGAGGACUCGUAUGCCGGAAAGUUCUACCAGCAGAUCGCUCAGCACUACGCCUCCACGCAGGACUACCAGGUGGCAGAACAGCUGUUUGUGAAAGGGGGUCAUUUUAAAGAGGCUGUGGACAUGUACACUGCUGUUGGACAAUGGGAGAAGGCUCACAAGCUUGCUGGGAAGUGUAUGACGGAGGAGGAAGUUACAGCUCUGUAUGUCAGCAAAGCUCAGGACCUGGAGAAUGACGGAAAACUCAAGGAGGCAGAGAGGCUGUUUUCUGCUGUGAACCAGGCAGACCUGGCCAUCACCAUGUACAAGAAGAACCGGAUGUUUGAUGAUGUCAUUCGUCUGGUGGCCAAACAUCAUCCAGACCUGCUGUCAACGACUCACCUUCACCUGGCCAAGGAGUUGGAGGAUGAAUCCCGGUUCAGGGAAGCGGAGUACCACUUGAUGGAGGCUGGAGAGUGGAAGAUGGCCAUCCUCAUGUACCGGGACCACGAUAUGUGGGAGGAUGCGCACAGAGUGGCGAAGAGUCAUGGAGGCGCUGGAGCCCAGAAGCAGUUGACCUUCAUGUGGGCCCAAAGCCUGGGAGGAGAGGCCGCCGUCAAGCUGCUGAACAGAUUCAGCCUGCUGGACUACGCCAUCGAUUUCGCUACUAAUAACUACUUUUUUGACUUUGCCUUCGACUUGGCUCGUCUCUCACGUAAGGAGAAGAUUCCCGACAUCCACCUGAAGCAGGCCAUCUACCUGGAAGACGAGGAAAGGCUUCCCGAGGCGGAGGUCGAGUUUAUUAAAGCAGGAAAACCAAAAGAAGCCGUUUCUAUGUACGUCCACAUCAAGGACUGGGCCAGCGCUCAGCGAGUGGCCGAGAGCCACGAUCCGGAGAGCGUUCCCGAGGUUCUGGUGGGCCAAGCCAAGUUCUGCUUCGAGCAGAAAGAGUUCCAGAAGUCCGAAGCAUUCCUGCUCCGAGCGCAGAGACCGGAGCUGGCUGUCAAACUCUACAAGGACGCAGACAUGUGGAGUGAUGCCAUGCGGAUCUGUAAGGAAUAUCUCCCCAACAAACUGUCGAGGCUGCAGGAGGAGUAUGAAAGGGAGACGUCCAAGAAGGGAGACCGGGGUGUGGAGGCUCUGCUGCAGCAGGCCAAGGAAUGGGAGCAAUCGGGAGAAUAUUCCCGAGCUGUGGAGUGCUACCUGAAGGUGAAGGAUGACUCAAACAUGGACCUGAUGGAGAAGUACUGGAUGAAGGCUGCAGAGCUGUCCAUCAAAUUCCUGAGUGGAGACCGAGCCGUGGAGGUGAUCAAGGUCGUUGGGCCGCGACUCGCGGAGCUCGGGAAGUUCGAUGCUGCGGCUGAGGUCUACCUGAAUGUGGAUCUCAUCAAAGAGACCAUCGACGUCUUCAUCCAGGGGGAGAAGUGGAACAAAGCCAAGAGAGUUGCCAAGGAGCUCGAGCCGAGAUAUGAGAGCUACGUGGACCAGAAGUACAAAGAACACCUUAAAAACCAGGGCAGAGUAGAGUCUCUGGCGGGUGUGGACGUCAUGGCGGCUCUGGAUCUGUACGCAGAGAAAGGCCAGUGGGAGAAAUGUCUGGAGAUGGCGUCCAAACAGAACUUUAAGAUCCUGCAUAAAUACAUCGCUCUGUACGCCACACAUCUCAUUAAAGCAGGGGAAGCUGUGAGAGCUCUGGAGUUAUAUGUACAGCACGGAGCUCCACCCAACCCUCAGAACUUUAACAUCUACAAGCGCCUGUUCCUGGAUCUGAUUAACCUCCCAGACACCGACAAGCCAGAUGCUUACCGCAUGUGGGCCGACCUCAGGAACUUCCUGCUGCAGCUGUGUGACAACGUGUCCAAAUCCGCUGAGGCCAACUCUCCAGCUCAUGAGGACUUUGAACAGAUGCUGCUGAUCUCUCACUACUUCGCCACUCGAUCUGCUACUAAAGGAGUGGAACAGCUGAUGAGCAUAUCGGCCAAGCUGUCGGUGUCUCUGCUGCGUCACACUGACCUCAUUCCUGCUGAUAAAGCUUUCUACGAAGCCGGCCUGGCCUGCAGGGCUGUUGGCUGGAAGAACAUGGCCUUCAUCUUUCUAAACCACUUCCUGGACCUGUGUGAUGCUGUUGACGAUGGCACCCUGGAUACUCUGGAUCACUCUGACUUCCUAGAUACCGACAUUCCCUUAGAAGUUCCAGUUCCCACCAAACUAUGUGUCUUUGGCACCCAGCGGGAGCAGAUCCGUGACUGGGUGCUGAUGGUGUCGAUGGACCAACGGCUGGCGCAGGUUCUUCCUCAAGAUGAAAGGAAUGCGUACGAAGCUUCUCUGGUGGCGCCAACGACGGGAGUUCGCUCUCUGCCUUGUGUUCUUACGGGUUAUCCGGUUCUUGGUGGUAAAAUCGAGUUUUCAUCUACGGGGAAAGCUGCCAACAAGGAAGACUGGAACAAAUUCCUCAUAGCCACAAAGACCACUCACAGUCCCGAAUGUCAGGACGUCCUCAAAUUCCUCGAACAAUGGUGUGGCAGUCUACCAGCAUCCAGUUACUCCUUCCACUGAUCCAAAUGCACUCCAGCUUUAUACAGAAUUUAUUUGUUUUAUUACAUGCUUUCAUCUUUGUCAGAAACUACAUUUUCUCCUCUUCUUUUCCCCGUUUCAUGUCCGACUCGCCACCAGAAUUGUUUGUGCAUCGUUUAUUAGUUUUUAUUAAAGAAUUUCUUUUGAAAUUCAUUAAAAAUAUUCAAAGCCUGGAAGAUUUUCAGAACCCAUUAAACAAUAAAUAAAUAAAAAGCUGCAUUUUUCUCUUAAAUUUUAUGUCUUGUUUCAAAGCGAGACUUUAUGGUACAUAUGAAGCAGCAGCUUAGCUUAGCUUAGCUAGAAUGGGAGAAGUUUAAAAUGAUCUUUUAUCCUGCAAACCUUCAAAUUUUAGAUUAAAAACAUAUUUAUAUAUUAAAAGUUGCUGAUUUGGAACUACUUCUAGCUUGACUGAAUCUUUUUCCAUUUUCAGUUUUAUGGUAUGCUAAGCUAAACUAAUGAGUUUUGAACCAAAUGUUUUAUUAUUUUUAAACGUUUUCAAGCUGCAGAUAUGAAAUAGCAGGCAAUUUUAAAAUGAAUGGAUUAAAAAAAAUAAUUCAAAGCUUUCUGUUCACACUGAAAAAAGGAUUUUCAAACCUAAAGAAAGUAUGACAUUCAUUAAACUCUGCUGAUUCUUCAAAGGACUAUUUAAUGUAUGUAGAGUGUCUUUUACCAGUGAGAGUGUGUUCUAAAGCCAGUAAUGCCUUUAAUGUGUGUUUGAUAUGUAUUUUAUUUCAUUAAGCUCAAAUAAAAUAGUUUUCAAACUUA